AUGCAAAAUAUUUUUGACUAGUAAUUUUAUAGAGUGCUCAAUUACGAAGAAAAAAUACAAAAAACCUUCUAAAUCAUGGACUAAGCAGUUUAUUAGAAAGUAGAAUUUAUUUCUCUUUUAAAAAAUAAAUAGAUUGAUGUUUUAAAUUUGGUAAAAAAAGUUACUGAAUUAAGAAAAAUUUAGUUAAAAGUUAGAAAUAACAUAAAUGAGUUAUCAAUUAUUAAUAGCUCAAAUAAAGAUUUAGUUUCUUUGUAGAUCUGCUACUUAGAAACUCUUUCCUUUCAAGAAAAAGAUUUAAUUAUAGAUCUUGAUCUGUCAUAUUUAAAUGAAAUUCACCUUUCUUAAAUUGACACUCAGUUAAUAAAAUAAAAACUUAAAAUAAGACAAGCUUAUGCUAAACGUUUCUAAAAUAAACAAAUUGAUGAUUCCUAUAAUCCUUACUAGGAUUUUAAUCUUUUUAGCAAGUAGUCAUGUGUUAUUUAUGCGUAAAUAGAAUAAAAUUAUAAUUUAUCUAUCAAGAAAGUAUCUUCUUCCUUUUUACAAGUGUUUGGAAUCACGUAAUAAGAUGCCUAAGAUAAAAGAGUAGAAAUUUUAAUGCCUCCAAAUACAAAUUUGAUUAAUUAGCAUAGAUAAUAUAUUGUAAGCUAUUUUUAAAAUUAAAAUAACAAUGUAUGUUAUUUGAAAAAAAAAAAUCUAUUUGGUUACUAACAGUAAGGCUUUAUAUUUCCCAUUAAGGUUGAUGUCCGUCUAAAUUACAGUAACGGGUUGAAUCAGAUAGGGCUUACAGCUUAUAUCUAGCGCAUUUAUGACGAAAAUGAUUAUAUUUUGUUCCAAUCUGAUUCUUUAAAUGUGAUUGGUGCAACUUAAAAUAUUUUGAAGAACGUCUUCUUAAAAAAUAAUAUAGAAAUAUAGAAAUAAUCAGAUUUAGGUUAAUUCUUUCCAUUUUUAUACAAAUUAAAGCAGGAUAAAAAAGCUAAACUAUAACAAUAAUAAAAGGAAUUUUAAGAAAUCUAAGAUUUUGAAACUAAAAAAGUUAAUUCUUUGAAAGAAUUAUUAUCUCAAAAGAGCAUUAAUUAAAAAUAUACCAAAAUCUUAGAUGAACAUAAUUUUGAAAAGUUCAAACUACAUAAUUAAGAAUAUAUGCUUAUCAUUUAAAAUUUUUAAUCUUCUAACCAAGUUAAAAAUUAAGUUAAACUUUAAAAUAUAUCUUUCUCUUUAGUUGAAAUAAGCAUUAAUGACUGCGAAUAUAAAGAUGUUGAUAACUUGUACUAUAUGAAAAUAUCUAAAAUAAAACCUGUUCAACCGGAAUUGAAUUCAUCUAUAAUUCUAAAGUAUCUUAAGGAGUAUUAAGAGUUUUAUACUUAAGUUUUUACAAAAAAUACUUUAGAAACUUUGUAAACAGAAUUAGAAUAUAAGUUCUUAAAAAUGGAUUCUUUAGAAAAAAGCAAUUUUAAUUUUCAAUUAAAUUAACAAAAUACUAUUCAAAGUUAAUUUAAUUAAAACCAACAAAAUUGUUAAAAGUGCUUGGAAGAAAAUAAAUUUUCAGAAAAUAAAAGCUAAGAUUUUGAUAAUUCGAAUGAAAACAAUACAUUAACCCCUACAAAAUCCAAAUAAUAAAGGAUUAAUACCAUUAAUAAUAAUUCUAUUUAUAAAAUUUAAGAAGAAAACUCUCAACUAGCAACUAACAGUGAAUAGAAAAGCCAAAUAUAUCCUUAAAAUAAAUAAAAUGAUGCUUACCUGCAAGUAGAGAUUCCUGACUAAAGUAACACCUAUUAUCAUUCACCAAGAGAUAUUUUUAGCUAAAAUUUUAGAAGUUAGUAAGAUUUCAUUUCAUUAUAACAAAUAAGAGAUAGCUACAACGAAAAUGAAGAAAUAAAAUACGGCAUUCCUUUAACUUCUAAUAGAAAAGAGACAAAUAGAGAACUUUUAAGUGAAGUUAAUCUCUAUAGUUAAGCAAAUAUAAACUCCCCAAAAUAAAAUUUUGAUGAAAAUCUAUUAUUUUAAAAUGUAAAACAGGGUAACUUAAAUAAUAAUGAUAAAAACGGACAAAUUUAAACAAUUGUCAGUUUGAAAUUAAUUAAUUAAGGAGGUUAUAAAAAUGAAUAAAUAUAAGUAUAGCAGCUAUAAAGUACUCAGGAGAUUACUUCUUUAAAAAUGAUAGAUAAUGCUCACUAAAUAAAUUCUUAGCAGAGGUUUUAUCAAGAUUAAGAUAUUUUAUCUUAGAAUUUAUUAAACGUCAAUGAAACUAAGGAAACAACUUAUAAAUUUUAAAUGAAGAAGAUGAAAAAACGAAACAAAUAAAGGAACAAAGAAGACCAAUUAGAAAAUAACUCUUCUUCAGUUUCAAGAGAAUCUUCUUCAUCUACUAAAAAAAGAUUAAUUAAAACAAUUAAAAAGUAGACCAGCUUAUCUGCUAUUAAGAUCGUUAUUUUAUUCGGUGUGUUAACAUACCUAGCACUAAGUAUUCUUACAAUUUAACAAUAUUUUAAUUUCAUAAAUUCUGUUGAUUUUAUGAAUUAAAAUCUGAAUUCUCAAAAUUGGCCUUUCGAAAUAUAAAUCGUAAUUAGUAGAUCUCUUAAAAAUUUGAAUAUAAUACAUACUGAAAGAUAAAAUAAUUUUACUUUUCCUUCUCAAGCAGAUCAUAAUAAAUUUGAUGCUUAAUUAAUAAACUAAUUGUAAUAAAGCUAACAAUAAUUUAUGUCCUUAAUAUAAACUAUGGAUUAGAGUGUAAAGGGUAAAAUGCUUUAUGAUAGAAUCAGUGUUUAUAAUUCUUCCUUUUACGUAAAUUAGAUUUAUAAUCCAAGUAACCUAACAAAGGCUCCUUCAAAAAGAACAACCUUUAAUUUCGAAUAAAAAAAUUCAUCCUUGCUAUACUCCAUCAUUUUCAUCAAUUACUACAUUUAUUAACAAUCAAUUAAUCCUACUGGAAAGCUAUAAGAGGUUUGCAUUCUUCAAAACCUUUAAGAUAUCCUACUAGGCGUCAAAGACACCUAAAAUUACUUUUAAAAUUAUCAAAGUUAACAAGUUAAACAGAUUUAAGAUUCGUUAUCUCUUUAAAUCGGAGUGAUUUUGGCUAUAUCUGCUAUAUGUUUGUUAAGUAGUCUUCCUCUAUAUUCAUAUAUUUAAAAGAGAAAAGAUAAAACAAUUCAACUCUUCUGCACUUUUCCUGUCAGUCAACUAUAAAACAUUAUUAUUAAAAUAAGGUAAUCAUAUUACUAAAAUAAAGUAAUGAAUCCUCAUAUAAAAAAUAUACCAAUAGAAAUUCAGAUGCUCAAUUAUAAAUCAUAAUAAGAAUCUUAAAAUCACAAAAAAUAAACCCUAAGCUAAAUAACAAAAUUACCACAUUUUAGCUAUUCUCUUUUGAUAGCUAUUUUCAUCUCUUAUAUUUUAUUAUCCUUCUAUCCUAUUUUCAACCGAAUCUUCGUCUAAAAAUAUCUUGAUAACUUGGAUAAUAAUCUGAUGAUGCUUGAAUAUUUAAAUACAGCCAGAUCUUAUAUUAUAUACAGUUCAGGGAUAAUUUCUUUUGGAUUUGAUAUGAAGGUUUUUCCAAGUUCAAGGAUAGUGUAACUGAGCGAUUACAUUCCCGAAAUGUAAUCUAUUAUGAGCUAAACAAAUAGCCUUCUGACUAAUCUAACAAUUGUUUCUAAUUAAUUUAAUCUUAAUGGAAGAUAUAAAUAGUAAUAAUUUGAAAAUUUCUUUUUUCCUUUGUUUGAAGAUGAUAUGUGCGAUUUGAUAUCGAAUAAUCCUUACUAUACUAUCAAUUCUACUGUAUUCAAACCAUAAUUAUGUAAAACUAUUUACAAUGGUUUUCUCUAAAAAGGCUUAAAGCUAUCCAUAAAGUAGUUUAGCUAAAAACUACAAGAACUUUAUGCAAUAAUAUAAAUUAAUGAUGAAAAAAUAUAAGUUAAAGCUGUUUAAGAAAUAUUUAAAACAUUUAAUAUAGAGGAUUAUUCUAAUUUAAUAGAUUAUCUAGAUGAAAUCAUUAAAAUAAUGAAAUACUUUCUCCUAAGUAACUGUAGUGAAUACUAUCAAUAUCUAAAAUAAGUGCAGCUAAUUCUUAUUAUUUAUCAGCUCAUACUAAUAGCUUUUAUAUUUGGCUUUUGCUGGUAUGCAUUUAGCAGUGUAUUAGCUUAACAAAUCACAAAAUUUAAGCAUCAUUUAUAGGUUAUGAAUGUUUAUCAUUUGCUUGAAAAUAAUUUUAUUCUAUCUUUUGUUAAAAACAAUAUAAAACUGUGA